AUGACCACCAGCCUGCUCCGCAUCCCCCCACCCCAGGUGCUGCUCCGGCCCCUGGCUGUCCCAGAGAGGCUGCUACUGGGACCAAGACCCCGCAACGUGCCCCCCCGCAUCCUGGCUGCAGGCGGUCGGCAGCUUCUGGGCCACAUGCAUGCCGAGGUGCUGCAGGUGAUGGAUGAGAUCAAGGCGGGCAUCCAGUACGCCUUCCAGACGCAGAACCAGCUGACCCUGGCCAUCAGCGGCACUGGCCACUGUGCUGCCCUCCUCAACCUGCUGGAGAGCGGUGACACUGCGCUGGUGGCUGUCAAAGGCAUCUGGGGACAACGUGCCGCCGAGAUCGCCAGGAGGCUGGGAGCCCAUGUCCAUGAGCUGCUGAAGCCCCCAGGUGAAUACUUCACUCUGCGGGACAUCGAGGAGGGUCUGUCACGGCACAAGCCCUCGGUGCUCUUCAUCACCCACGGGGAGUCCUCCACGGGGGUGCUGCAGCCACUGGAGGGGCUGGGCGAGCUGUGUCACCGGCAUGGCUGCCUGCUGCUCGUAGAUGCGGUGGCAUCACUGGGGGGAGCCCCCAUCUUCAUGGACCAGCAGGAGAUCGAUGUCCUCUACUCGGGGUCUCAGAAAGUCCUCAAUGCCCCCCCCGGCAGGGCCCCUAUCUCAUUCAGCAAGCGAGCCAGGGAGAAGAUGCUGCAGAGGAAGACGAAGCCUCCCUCCGCCGCGAGCUGGAGCGGGCCAGGCUGGACCCGCCAGGGUGCCCAUUUGUGUUUUUGCAGGUACCACCACACGGCGCCCAUCAACAGCUUCUUCAGCCUGCGGGAAGGCCUGGCCAUGCUGGCAGAGAUGGGUCUGGAGAGCUCGUGGGAGCGGCACCGGGCCAACUGUGCCCGGCUGUGCCAGGGGCUGCGCAACCUGGGCCUCGAGCUCUUCGUGAAGGAGGAGGUGGCGAGACUUCCCACUAUCACCACUGUCAGGGUGCCCGAGGGCUACGACUGGAAGGACAUCACAGCCUUCCUCAUGGAUAACCACGCCAUCGAGAUUGCUGGGGGUCUGGGCCCCUCAGUGGGCAAGGUCCUGCGAAUCGGCCUCAUGGGCUGCAACUCGACCUGCGGCAAUGUGGACCGUGUGCUGCAUGCCCUGCGAGACGCCCUCGGGCGCUGCCGCCGCAGCAGGCUGUGA